GGCCUGUCCCGGCCGGCGGCGCCGCGCUGAGGGGAGCGAGGAAACACCGACACACCCCACCCCUGAGGGGACGGACCUGGCCGGGCGCUUCUCGCCCGGGACCCCCCGGCUCCGCGUGAGGGAGCGCCCAGCGCGGCGCCACUCGGCUCCGGCCGUUCCCCACCAGCAUCCCGGGGUGGCUCCGCUCCAGCUCCGACACGCGGGACUGAAAUGACCUUGGACGUCGGGACCAAGGGCAGCUCUCUGGAUCCCGCCCGGGCUCGCUCGGGCCGCGACCGCCCGCCCGCCGGAGCCUCCCUCCACCUCUGAGCCUCCUGGGGAUUUUUGGGAGGCGGGAUCCCCGCCCGGCUCGCCGCGGCCCCCCCUGCGCGCUUCCCCGGCCCCGGGGAAGGGAUCCAGCGAAAAUCGCCCGCCGACGGAGGGCCUCUCGCCGGACCUUUUCCAGGCUGGAUCCCAGCGCCGCUGCCACGCCGAUGCAUGAGAAGGCAGCUCCGCUGAAGAGCCCCGAGCCCAGGCACGGCCGCGAGAAGCUGGAAGUGUCCCACAAGCAGAAGAGUUUGGAUUCCCUCGAUGGCAGCCUCCGCCUGAACGAAGCCCUCAAGGAUGAGGACAUCAAGAAAUGCCACCGGGAAGUGGCCGCUAGCAAGUACAACUCCCAGUACCACAAGCUGUUCAAGGACAUCCCGACGGAGGAGAGUGUGCUGAAAGUUUGCUCCUGUGCCCUCCAGAGAGACAUCCUCAUCCAGGGAAGGCUUUACAUCUCCCCCAACUGGCUCUGCUUCUACGCAAACCUUUUCGGGAAGGACAUCAAGGUUGUGAUCCCGGUGGUCUCCGUGCAGCUGAUAAAGAAGCAUAAGACAGCUCGGCUGCUGCCCAACGGCUUGGCCAUCACCACCACUGCCAGCAGGAAGUACAUCUUCGUGUCCCUCAUCUCCCGUGACAGUGUGUACGACGUGCUGAGGAGAGUCUGCACACACCUGCAGGUUUCGAGUAAGAAGAGUUUGAGUCUGAAGGAGCUGUCGGAGGAGCCGGACACCGUGUCACUGGAGGUGAUCGUCCCUGAGGGCAAGUGGAGGAAGGUGUCACCCACCUCGCUGUCACUGUCACUGCCAGAUGCCAACUACCAGUGCAUCCACCGGACCUCUGUCAGCAGCCUGAGUGCCAAGGAGAGCUCCUUCACCUCCGAGGAGCCCCUGGUUUCAGAAAGUGCAAUAAACACCGAGGAGGAGCUGGAGGUGGAGCAGAGCUGUGUGGCGGAGCUGAGACCCUCCGACUACCAGCUCCUGAAGAUCUUCAUUGUGCUCAUCUGCCUCCUGGUCGUGUCCUCCUCGUACCUGGCAUUCCGCAUCUUCCGUCUGGAGCAGCAGCUCUGCUCCCUGAACCGGGACUACCUCUCCCGUGGGCACAGGAGGUGACUGUUACCCUGGUGCUGGCUGAGGACGGACUCCAACAGUGACACCCUGCCUGUGGAUCCCGGUGCUGCGACCUCCCAGCCGUGGCUGUUACACGUGGCCCGGCUUUCCCUCGGCUGGUAAAAUGGGACCAAGUAUUUUCUCUUUUCCCAUGGGCACUUGCUCCCAGUGGGACUUCCCAGCCAGCUCCUGGCCACCGGUGCCAACUCCCCAUCCCACUGGAAACCCGUUUUCUCCCUGGGACGCUGCUGUGCCGUAGCACUGAACGAUGGCUCGGGGCUGCUGAGCACUUGGACCUCCCCUUAGGACUUGCUGCUAAAAUGGACGCUGGUUUUUAUUCCUGGCAUGGGUUUUUUCUAGUUGAAAGAUGACCUUGGGCUCAUCGGGAACCCCCAGAAAUGUGGAUGAGUUGCUGUUGCUGCCCUGGGUGAACCCACUUGUUUGUCCCUGUCUCAGUACCCCUGGGAAUGUGCCCGGAGGAAUGGCCCCAAAUACAGGGAUCUGUGGGGGUGGGAGAAAGGGGCCACCAGCCCUGUGGGGCAUCAUCUAUCCCACACCCAAGGGUGAGGGUCCAAUCCAGGGCUCCCCAGCCCUGCUUUCAUGGAGCACUGGGCCAUCUCAGCAUGGGAAGUAUGUGUGUGUCCCCUGCAAAGCACUUUAGGGUCCCCCAGACUGGGUGACCACCCCUGGCACUGGGGCCAGACCAAGGCUUCAUUAGUCUCGCUCACCUCGUUAAGAUGUCCGGAAAGGAGCCCGUGGCUGGCACUGGUGAACGUCCUGGAUCUGUGCCCUGGUUUGUGUUAACCUUGUCACCACGUGGAGCUGAGUGCUGCAGGAUUUGUCCCGCAGGAUUUGUCCCACAGCCUCCCCCUGGGAGCACACUGGGGCGGCAGGUGAUACCUGUGAUUCCCUUGGGUUUUCUUUACUGUUUUUGGGGAACUACAAGUGCUGACGGGGCCAAAUCCCUGUGCCCUGGGGGAGAGUUUGUUGCUCGCUCUGGGCUCGAAAUGGCUUUUAAAUGGAAUGAAAAAAUGAAAAUAAACCCUGGAUUUUCUAGCA